AUGCUGGUGAUUCCUCUGCUGGUGUUGCUGAGCCUGUUGGAUCCCGUUUGUCCCCGGGCUCGCUGCGCCCCGGGACAGGCUUGCGACCCCCGGCAGCGGAGGGACGCCGGGGGCCGCGGAGGAGUGUACGAGCACCUCGGAGGAGCGCCGCGACGCAGGAAACUCUACUGCGCGACUAAAUAUCAUUUACAAAUUCAUCCGAAUGGGAAAAUAGACGGAUCGCUGGAGGAAAACAACCCAUAUAGCAUCAUGGAGAUCACGGCGGUGGAUGUGGGAGUUGUGGCCAUUAAAGGGCUUUUCUCGGGCAGAUAUUUGGCCAUGAACGAUAAAGGCCGGCUGUACGCCUCGGAAGUGUUCAACAAAGAGUGUGAGUUUGUGGAGCGGAUCCACGAGUUGGGGUACAACACGUACGCGUCCCGCCACCACUCUACCGAGCAGCCGCUGCCACCAGGCGGCGGCAGCAGCAGCAAGCGGCGAGCCAGCGCCAAGCGGCAGUGGUACGUUUCCAUUAACGGCAAAGGCCGGCCGCGGCGAGGCUUCAAAACCCGCAGUACGGACAAAGCCUCGCUCUUCCUGCCUCGGGUGCUAGGCAACAAGGACCAUGAGAUGGUGAGGCGGCUGAGAGACAGUCAGAGCUCGCACCAUCAUACGCACCACCACGGCGGCCGAGGGGACCGCCGCAGACGCCGGCAUCGUGCAAGGAAAGGCCGGCGCCAGCAGGCAGAUGAUUGA